GCUCCACCCCAUGGCGACCGAAGGACUUUAAAGGAGUUCUGGGGGGGCUUGGUCGGCAUCUGGGCGAUUCCGGAUCCGGCGAUCCCUGCUCUCGCCGCGCCCUGUCAUUGAUGGGAAAUCAACUGGAUCGCAUCACUCACCUGAGUUACAGCGAGCUGCCGACCGGGGACCCCUCGGGGAUCGAGAAGGACGAGCUGCGCGUCGGCGUGGCUUACUUCUUCUCCGACGAGGAGGAGGAUCUGGACGAGCGAGGCCAGCCGGAUAAGUACUGCGUGAAGGGCUCGAGCAGCCCGGCUCAAGAGUCCCCCACCCGACACCACCACCACCACCACCACGCGCCGCAGCUGGCGCUGAGCGAGACCCAGUUCUCCGCCUUCCGCGGCCAGGAAUGCAUCUUCUCCAAGGUGAGCGGAGACUCGCAGACUGGCGAUUUGAGCGUCUCCCCGGCGUCUUCCCUGCCUGCCCUGUGCAAGCCGGGAGACCUGCUGGAGCUGCUCUACCUGGGGCCGUCCGACCACCCUCCGCCGCCCCCGCAGUGGGCCGUCUACGUGGGCAACGCUCAGAUCAUCCACUUGCACCAGGGCCAGAUACGGCAGGACAGCUUGUACGAGGCGGCGGCCGCCGGCAACGUGGGCCGGGUGGUGAGUAGCUGGUACCGCUUCCGCCCCCUGGUGGCCGAGCUGGUCGUGCAGAACGCUUGCAGCCACCUGGGCUUAAAGAGCCCCGAGAUCUGCUGGACGAACUCGGAGAGCUUCGCCGCUUGGUGCCGCUUCGGCAAACGGGAGUUCAAAGCCGGCGGCGAGCUCCAGCCGGCCUCGGGCUCUCAGCCUCAGCAGCAAUACUAUCUCAAGAUCCACCUGGCGGACAGCAAGGGACACACCGUGCGCUUCCAAAGCUUGGAGGACCUCAUUAGGGAGAAACGCAGGAUCGAUGCCAGCGGGAAACUGAGGGUGAUCCAAGAACUGGCCAUGGUGGACGAUGGCAAAGAAUGAUAAGCGCCAGCGGGGAGAAGGGAGAGCCUGUUUGCUGGGCUUCUCCCACCUUUGCUCAUCCUCCUCCUCCUCCUCCGGUCUUAACGGAGGGAACCCCCCUUUGCAAACCAAACCAGCGGCUGCCCUUCUCUUGGCCUCGGCCGGAGGUCGUUCCGCCUCUCGCCAACCGGGAUCGCCGUCGCUGUGAUCCCGACGACCCGGAGGGAAGGGUGGAGACGGGUGGUGCCAGCCAACGCGAUGAGCAAAAUGUGCGGACAAAGUCACUCCAUGUUCAUCAUAUUUCCCAUCCUGCUUAAAUAAAAAAAGAUGUUUAAAAAAAAA